UCUCUCUCUCUCUCUCUCUCUCUCUAGCUUGCUAAUAAGGGUUCUUCUGCAUUAUGCCUGUACAGAACAAGAGCAAAACGUUGUCGAACGCCCUUACUCAUCAAGAUGAAUCUGCUAUGGUGCGGUGCUAUACGGAGUCGAGAUCUGCUCUUAGACAAGUGUGGGGUUGUUGCGGAAAGAAGGUCAAAUUUCCAGAAUCUUUAGUCAAUUUGAUGUGAAUUUGUCUGGAGGUUUUACAUUCCUAUGAGUCAUAGAAGAGCUGCUGGUGGAGGUUUUGCUGCUAAGCCACUACCUUCCCCCCGGCAGCAGCAUGACGAUGUUAACAUAAUGGCCAAGCAAAAGCCUCAGAUACUGGAUUCACUGUUUACAAACUUGAAGGAGCAAAGAUUGAGAGUUUUGUCAAGGCAGAAGAAUCGUGUGCAGAACAAUGGAGCUUGUAGCCGGAGGCCUCCAUGGGGAAGAGAUCGAUUUGGCAACUGAUGAGCUUUCCGGAAUGAUAAUUUCAUGGUGUAACUUUCAGAACAGUAUACUUGGCUUGCUGUAUGCUGAGUCCUGACUCCUUGGUUGAUGGCUUGAUGCAAAUUGAAAUUCGAUUUUUGUUCAGGGGGAACGUGAAACUCCCAGCUGAUAGCGUUAUUUGAAUGCCCGUGGACGUGUUACCAUCAAACUGAUCAAAGCAUUAAGGUGGUGUAGAGGGAGAUCGAGAUUUCAUGGCGGAAGAAAGAUUCAUCGUUGAGGUGGAGAAAGCGAAAGAUGGCGGAGAAGGGAAGCCAUCCAUGGGCCCUGUGUACCGUAGCAUCAUAUCCAAGGAUCCUGUUCCUCCUCCCAUCCCUGGUCUUGAUACCUGUUGGGACAUUUUCAGGCUGGCAGUUGAGAAGUAUCCGACAAAACCAAUGCUUGGUCGCCGGGAAAUCGUGAAUGGAAAUCCUGGCAAUUACAAGUGGCAAACUUACAAAGAGGUGUAUGAUUUGGUGGUGAAUGUUGGAAAUUCUAUUCGUGCUUGUGGUCAUGGAUAUGGAGUAAAAUGUGGUAUUUAUGGUGCCAAUUGCGCAGAAUGGGUUAUGAGCAUGGAGGCCUGCAAUGCUCAUGGAUUGUACUGUGUUCCUUUAUAUGAUACGUUAGGUGCUGGGGCUGUUGAAUUUAUUAUAUGCCAUGCAGAGAUCUCAAUUGCAUUUGUGGAAGAAAAGAAGAUUCCUGAGCUAUUCAAGACAUUUCCAAAUGCAACAAAGCAUCUCAAGACACUUGUGAGCUUCGGAAAGGUUACUCCUGAACAAAGGGAAGAAGUUGAGAAGUUUGGGUUGACAAUAUAUUCAUGGGAUGAAUUUUUAGAAGUGGGUCGUAAUCAGAGUUUUGAUCUUCCUACUAAAAAGAGAAGUGACAUUUGUACAAUAAUGUAUACGAGUGGAACUACAGGGGAUCCCAAGGGAGUAAUGAUAUCAAAUGAGAGCAUUAUUACAAUCUUAGCUGGGAUUAAUGCAGUGUUGGGGAGUCGUAAUGAACAACUGAAUGAGAAAGAUGUAUACCUAUCAUACCUUCCUCUUGCACACAUUUUUGAUAGGGUCAUUGAGGAGGCAAUGAUAUUGAAUGGUGCUUCAAUAGGCUUUUGGCGUGGGGAUGUCAAAUUGCUAUUGGAAGACAUUGCAGAGCUAAAACCAACAAUUUUUGUUGCUGUUCCCCGUGUGCUUGAUAGAGUGCACUCAGGUUUGACACAAAGGAUUUCUUCAGGGGGCUUUGUAAAACAGACAAUGUUCAAUUUUGCCUACACAUUCAAGUCAUAUAACAUGAUGAAGAGAGGGCAAACACAUCGAGAAGCAUCUCCACUAUUUGACAAAAUUGUAUUUAGUAAGGUAAAACAAGCUUUAGGGGGAAAUGUACGUAUUAUUUUGUCUGGAGCAGCACCUCUCUCCAAACAUGUGGAAAGUUUCCUGCGGGUGGUGACUUGUGCUCAUAUUCUACAAGGAUUUGGUCUAACUGAAACCUGCGCUGGAACCUUUGUCUCAUUGCCAAAUGAACCAAAUAUGCUUGGUACAGUGGGCCCUCCUGUACCAUAUGUGGAUGUGUGCCUGGAAUCUGUUCCUGAAAUGGGAUAUGAUGCCCUUGCAAGCACACCGAGAGGUGAAAUCUGUGUAAGGGGAAGUACCCUGUUUUCAGGGUACUACAAACGUGAAGACCUCAUGAAAGAGGCUAUGGUUGAUGGAUGGUUCCAUACAGGCGAUAUUGGAGAAUGGCAACCUAACGGAACCAUGAAAAUUAUUGAUCGGAAGAAGAAUAUAUUUAAGCUUUCACAAGGAGAAUAUGUUGCUGUUGAAAACCUGGAGAAUAUUUAUGUUCAAGUGUCGGCCAUUGAAUCUAUAUGGAUCUAUGGAAGCAGUUUUGAGUCCUUCCUUGUUGCUGUUAUUAACCCCACCAAGCAAGCACUUGAGCUUUGGGCAGAGGAAAAUGGUAUAACCGGGGACUUCAACUCUCUCUGUGAAGAUUCUAGGGCAAAAAGUUACAUACUCGGAGAGCUCUCGAAGAUUGCUAAGGAAAAGAAGUUGAAAGGUUUUGAGUUUAUAAGAGCUGUUCAUCUUGACCCGGUUCCAUUUGACAUGGAACAUGACCUUAUCACACCAACGUAUAAGAAGAAGAGACCCCAGUUGCUUAAAUACUAUCAGAAUGUCGUUGAUGAAAUGUACAAGACAGGAAAUAAACCAAGUGCCUGAGAUAUGAUUAGAGAGACUUAUGCAUGUGAUUGGAGCUUAUCUGUCCUUUUGGUGAUUGUAGAUGAUUAUUGAUACAUUGCAAAAGAUGACAAUAUUUUAUUAUGGAAAAUUUCCACCUUGUCAUGAUCUUUUUAACAAAUUACCUCUUAUUUGUUGAAAUUCAUGAGUCAUACAGAAGUGAAAGCGCUUAUAAAAAAACAAAGAAGUGAAUGUGGAACCUGCCAAAAUAUGAUUGGGGGCCAAUAUAAUUUAGUCGAACAUAUUAGGUAUUUACAA